CUCUCCAGUGUCGGGCGGGAUUUCCGUAACGAGGAGCAAUAAUAUGGCGAAGACUUACGACUACCUGUUUAAAUUGCUGUUAAUCGGGGACUCCGGCGUCGGGAAGACCUGCGUGUUGUUCAGAUUUUCAGAAGAUGCCUUUAAUUCAACGUUUAUUUCAACUAUAGGUAUUGAUUUUAAAAUCAGAACAAUAGAACUGGACGGCAAGAAGAUCAAGCUACAGAUAUGGGACACAGCAGGGCAAGAGCGAUUUCGAACAAUCACGACGGCGUACUACCGAGGAGCUAUGGGGAUCAUGUUGGUGUACGACAUCACCAACGAGAAGUCUUUUGACAACAUCAAGAACUGGAUACGGAACAUAGAGGAGCACGCCUCCGCUGAUGUAGAGAAGAUGGUCCUGGGAAAUAAGUGUGAUGUAAAUGAGAAGAGGCAGGUUUCUAAAGAGCGAGGAGAGAAGCUGGCAUUGGAGUAUGGAAUCAAAUUCAUAGAAACCAGCGCAAAGGCAAAUAUCAACGUGGAAAAUGCGUUUUUAGCUCUUGCCAGUGAUAUCAAAGCAAAAAUGGACAAGAAAUUGGAAGGCAACAGUCCACAAGGCAGCAAUCAAGGGGUGAAGAUCACCCCAGAACAACAGAAGAAGAGCAGUUUCUUCCGCUGUGUCGUGCUGUGAGGGUCCGCAGCCUUGCUGGAGCCCUGCACGGCUCAACCAAACCAGACUGCGCUUGCUCCCAGUGCCCUCCCUCCUCCCUCCUACCCCCCCCUCCCCCCCCGGAUUCAUCCACUCCCCUACAGGUCCUGCGCUACUGCGGACAGCCACACUGAGAUUCAACCAUUACUUCCAACUUGUUUGGGUGUCUUCUGCCAGGGAGGCGGGGUUAGGGUAGAGUGGGGUUCAAAGAGGAACUGCACCGAAGCGGGAAAUGUCUGUGUCGUCUUAGCAAAACAGCAGAACUGUUUUUGAGUUCUCUCUGAUGUUGUUAAAUCUGGUUUUACUCUUCAAGGUCUGCACAGAGCGACCAAGUCCCCUCCCACUUUAGAAUUAUGAAACCUUGAUGAAUUCUAUCCAUUCCACGCAGGGUGUUUUAAUCCCUCUGAGUACCUUGUCAGGUGAGCGAGUUUCGAGGUUUUAAACAUGCAUCCAGCUCAGGGCUCAGGAGCACAUUCCUAGUUGAUCAAAUCACUCUUGAGACAGUAAACGACGAUAUUCACUCUCUUUCAACGCUCUGCCUUUCUGAAAUGCAAUAAAAAUGAUAACACAGCAGCCUCUAUCAUUUUAUUGCACUUUGAACGCGCCGACAUUUCCCCGUUGGGUUCAGUUCCUUUGUUAAUAAAUAUUAGAAAUCUAAGACUAUUUAUUUUUUGCUCUUAUUGUAUAUUCAGGCUGAAGUCUGCAAGAUUUCUUCACCUUUCUUGACAAAUCAGCUCUGGUUUUCAUAUAGGAGGCAAAUUACUUAAAGGAAAAAAAAGAAGUGUUUUGCUUUAUUAAGCGUUCUUUCCUUUAUUCCAAAAAUAAUUCUGCUCCUUAAUUUCACGCCCAUCCACAUUCCUUGAAGACUAGAUGCCUCCUAUUAUAGAUGGUAGGUUUAUAUUCCAUUGUUUUAAUGGACGCUUAAUUGUUUUUGGCUUUGAGGGCUUGGCUUAAUUUUCAGAAUAUGUUUUUCAGCAGUUUAGUUUUGAAAUAAUCUCUCCCGUGAAAUUUAACUCUGAUUCAUAAACUUUUCGUGCGUUUUCAAAAAUGAUAUUGCAUAACAAUUUAAUAUUUUUUUAUUUUUUUAUUAAAAUGGUAAGCCAGUAUCCAUACUAGAUCCAUCCUACAAACGCUUUGUCUUUUCAUUUUGUAACUUGCCUAAUUUGUUGUGUUAAUUAAACAGGUGUUUUAUAAUCAUUCAUUUCAACUAGAGAGAGCACUAGUAUUUUUUUUUUAAAUCUCCCAACCACACUUCUAAGAAAGUAUGACUAAAAUCCUCCACCUCUUGAGCGUUGGUUAGUAUUUACCCUGCUUCACUUGCACUUGAGAAAGCUUAGGGUGAUUUGAGAGAAAGGACAAAGGAUUUCUAAUUUAUUUUCAUAGACUGGGGACCAUUUUUAAUUUUUUUUUUCUAUCCCUGUCCUCAUCUUGCAGUCCCUUUCCAUAAAGACAGUGGAUUGAUUUAAUUGUGUGAACCAGAUUUUGUUAACAGUAUUCAGUGCAUGCUUUUCACUUCUGUCUUCGCACCUUCUAAUAAAAACCACUGAUUUUUUUGCUUGA